UGCCCCUCAAUAGCUGUUCACUGUAUUCAGAAGCAGGGAGCCAUUCAUCAGCAAGGCAGUCACAGCAACAGAACAGACUCAACUCUGCGCCUCGCGAAACUGAAAGCUAAACAUUUGGAACUACAAGCACUCCAGCCGUUCCUGCCGAAGUGGAAACCGGUUUCUGAGAAAUUCGUGAGGAGAGUGAAAGAAAAUACAGCUGUGACGUUGGGCUUUAAUUAGUUGCUAAUCUCACAGGAAUAGAUUGAUUCACAGAUACCUGCAGGAACAGUGUUCCUCAGCUGCACACACACGCGCGCAUUCUCUCUGUGUGGCAGCAGCUGCAGGGUAUUUGAACUGAAGAUUGGUUUCUGAUUUAUGUAUUCUGCUCAUCCUUUAUCAUUGAUUGGAUUUUGCUCUAUGUAGCAAACCACUUUCGCUAUGUUCAAAGCAUUAUACUAAUCCUGUGGCAGGGUGGAUUGACAUUGCAUCCUUAAGUUCCUGGGUGUACUGUUUGGGUCAAAACCCAAGGCUGGGUUUCUAAUUUGUUUGGGCCUUUUGUGUUCUGGCUCACAGUUCGCCAAGUACUCCUAUGCUGAAUCGAGCUAUUGUCUGGGAUCCUGGGGCUUUCACGCUGCAAAUCGCUGGCUGUUCUUUAGCUCAGAAGCCACAUUAUGUGCUUUUUUUCUCCUUAUGUGAAGCUGGAAGCUAUAAGCAGUGGUGAUUUUAAAUGAAGUGUAUUGCAUUGUGGGAUGUGUGUAAAAUUGGAUCUGUUAAGACAUAGGAGCAGAUCUGCGGUUCGCUGUGUGAAGGAGGCAGUGCCAGAAUGUUUGCUAAUUCUUUCAGCACGUUGACUUAUUUCUAACCAAGUAGAGCACAGCAAGAGAUAUGGAGCCCGACUCACAUUGCUAGUGGAUUAGACUGCGUGCAGCCUCCAAAUGAAGAAAACACGGAGUACAACCUUACGCCGAGCUUGGCCUAGCUCGGAUUUUUCAGACCGGGCUUCGGACCGCAUCAGGUCCCGGAGUGAGAAGGACUACCGCUUGCACAAGCAUUUCCCACCACCCUUUAUUUCUUCUGCAUCCAGGGGAUAUCUGACUUCAGGUGAUGUGUCACCAAUCAGUAUGUCCCCCAUCAGUCAGUCACAGUUUAUACCACUUGGGGAAAUUCUUUGCUUGGCCAUCUCAGCAAUGAAUGCUUCAAGGAAACCAGUCACACAUGAGGCACUCAUGGAGCAUUUAGCCACUUGCUUUCCAGGGGUUCCAACACCCAGUCAAGAAAUUCUUCGCCAUACAUUGAAUAUGCUUGUAAGAGAGCGAAAAAUUUACCCAACUCCUGAUGGAUAUUUUAUUGUAACUCCACAGACUUAUUUUAUUACACCUUCUUUAAUAAGAACAAAUAGCAAAUGGUAUCACCUGGAUGAAAGGAUACCUGACAGAUCGCGAUGUACUUCACCACAGCCAGGGACUAUAACUCCAUCUAACUCUGGCUGCCUCAGAGACAGAGCCCAUCACCGAAACCAUUGCGAUUCUUGCAACUGCUUCAGAGAGGAAUUUCAUAAUCACUCAUCUACUCUUCAGAAGAAAUCAAUAAAAGAUUGUAAGGACUCCUAUUGUCCUCCUUCUUUCAGCCAGAUGCCAAUAACUCACACUGAAAAAAGUAAGAGUACGGUUAACUGUUCAUAUAAAACUGAAACGUUGCCAAAACCCAAGGAUGGAGAAAAGCAACCAAAAAAAUUUGGUCUGAAGUUGUUCAGAUUGAGCUUUAAGAAAGACAAGUCAAAACAGUUGGUGAAUUUUUCUGCCCAGUUUCCUCCUGAGGAGUGGCCUCUACGUGACGAGGAUAAUCCGACCUCAAUACCGAGGGAGGUAGAACAGGAGAUAAUUAAACGCAUUAACCCAGACCUGACAGUGGAGAAUGUCAUGAAGCACACGGCGCUAAUGAAGAAACUUGAAGAAGAUAAGGCCCAUCGAAAUAAACCAGGCUCUUCUGCCCAACAUAGUGGCAAAAGCAAAAAAAGUAGAGGCCACAAAAAGCCCCAUGGUAAGUCCCGAUCACACAGCAAGUCAAGGGUUCCUAAGGGGGAGCAAUCGGAAGAUACUCAUUUAGAUGUAACAGAGUCCAGAGAAUAUGAGUUUUAUGAUCCAGUUACCAGAUCCCCAUGUGAUAAAAGUACAAGUAUGGAAAUGAAGGGUGACAACGGCUUUGUCACAUACGACAAAAUAAAUAUGGCUGAGUCUCAUUUUCCAGUGACCCCAGAGUGGGAUGUGUCAGGUGAUCUAUACAAGAGAAGGAUGGAGAGCCAAUUUCAUGAACAUUCCAGGGAAAGUUUACAAUCCAAAGUACAUCGGAGCCACAGCCAUACGCAAGACAGAAAAUCAAGAAAUGAUAGGACCAGCAAAGCCAAGGAACGGUCUAGAUCAAUGGAUAAUUCGAAUAGACCCCUUGGCACUAUUUUGUCAGGCACUGCAGAAGAGAUUCAAGGAUGUAACAUGGAUGAAAGCCACUUGAAUAAUGACAAAUUGCGUUCUUCCAAAUUGCUCAGUCAUCACAGAUCAGGGCUGACAUCACAUUCAAAUCAUAUUACUGAGCCAAGUAUACCUGAAUGUGUUGAUGUUGAUAAUUCAACAGGCCUUAGCAAUGCCUGCAAUCCACUGGAACCCAUUACAGCUGGAGAAACCUUGCCUAAUUACAAUGAUCCUAGUUGUUCUGAUGCUGACAUAAAAGCAGACGAUUACUUUCAGUGUAAUGCAUCCAAGGAGACGGUUCGGACUGUAUCUUCUCCAUCAGCUAAAUGUAAUGAUGAACAUCUGUUUAAAGAUUAUGAUGCUUUGACCUUGUCUGAUGGAGUUAAGAAGCUGUCCCCUUUGGAUAGAUUCUUGAAACACCCACCCAUUGAAGAAAAUGUGAAUGGACAGCUGGAACAAUUGUCACUGCAGCAGAAGCAUUAUCCUGAAAAAAUGGAUAUGAACAGCAUUAAUUUGCCUGUAACUGCACAGGCAUCAACAGUGUCGUUGCCAAAUGGACAAGUGUUUAAAUCACAGUCUGAAACUCAGACUGUAAAUCAUGUGGAGAAUAAUUGCCAGGAACCUCCUGGAAUUUCUUUAUAUGAACCACAACACAAUAAACCAUCAGAAGUAUUUCACACAAACUGUGAGAACCUUGUUGGUCUAACAAGUGCAGUGCAAUCACUGCCAGGACACGGAGACAUGACAGGACAUCCAGAGUCUUCUUUUGAUUAUUAUAAUGUAUCUGAUGAUGACUCAGAAGAUGGCACCAACAAAAACCAACAGGAAGGUAAGAGCCGAGAAGAUGGUGGAACUGUGCAGUGGUUGCUAGAACGAGAGAAAGAGAAGGGUCUCCAGAGAAAGUUUGAGAAGCAUCUAACUCUCCUGAGCCCAAAGGAAAGUGACACCAGCGCCAGUCAGAAAGCUUCACAUUCUGCUCGACUAGAUAGUAUGGACAGCAGCAGUAUAACGGUAGACAGUGGAUUUAAUUCUCCACGUACUCGUGAAAGUCUGGCCUCUAACACCUCAAGCAUAUUAGACAGCAACAGACAUCAGAACCCCACUCUUAGUCCGGGACAUGGAGGCACGUCUGAAUUCAGUUUCCGAGCAACUGCAGAUCCUGCACCAAGUGAACCUGAGAAACUGCAGAAGCCCGCGAAGUGUCUAGCUUCUGUUACCAGUGUUUGAGUGCUUUCAGUAGUAGAUGUCAGUGGCAGAUUCUGUACUGCACCCUUGGCAAUCACAUACCUGCACUUCAACUGUUAUUUGAUACACAUUGGGCAUGCUCUUACAUUACAAAGGCCAUGCAAACCACAUGUAGAAGCCAUUUCUAUGACUUGGAGAUUUUUUGUUUCCAUAAGUACUUAUUAAUUUUACUUCUUCAUCCUUUAGGUAUUGAGUGGGUAAUGCAGCUUACUGCAUGGCAUUCGCCUACAUCAUACUGCAUGAAACGUCCAUUGUGGUUUUGGUAAAGAAGAAAAAAAAAGCACAAACUGUUUUGCACUUCUUGGCUUUGGGUUCUGAUGAUAUUCUAUCAAAACUUCAUUUUUAGAAAUAAUCUUCUUUAGAACAUUAUCAAGCCAGCAAAGUACUCCCUCAGUGAUUUUGCGAAACCAGUGCAUGUGUUAAAUCUGGAUGAGCACCUAUGUGACAGUCUUACACACUGAAGAUAUUAUCUUCAACUCUAUGCGUCA